AUGGGGUAUAAAUACGGGGUGAAUCCUCCAGUAAAGCACAGUAUCCUCUAGUAACUGAGCUGGGAUAGAAGUAAAGUCUCCUGACUACAUUCUCAAAAUGAAGUUGAAUCUGAUAAUUCUUCUGUCCCUGGCAGUUCUGCUCUCCGUCUUUCUUCCUGCCAUUGAAGCCGCUGCCAGCCGUCUAGCUGUCCGCCGAGGCCGGGCCCGACCAGCCUCGCCCGCUCGCCGACCUGCUCCUCGUCGUAUGAUCCCCCGCCGAGGCCGACAGGAGGAUCCAAUGGCCCCUCCUCCUCUAGAUGGUGAAGCAGCUGAUGCUGGUAGUGAUAUCCCAACCUGGUGCAACCCUGCUGACCCUAUGGGAGCCUGGCUGCUCUUCAAGGGUGUGAAGCUGAACUGUGUAGAAAAGGGAUUUGAGGAUUUCGGUCCCUACGGCGGAGUUCCGGCGGAGGAUGAAGAGGCGGCGGAGGGGGAGAAUGCUGUCUAAUCAAUCAAUCAAUCGAUCAAUGCUUUAAUAUAACUCGACCCUUCGAUAAUCUCUGCGAAGAUAUCGUGCCAAAGAAUGAAAAACAAAACAGUUUAAAUUUUUAAUAUGAUUAAUUCUCAAAUUUUAAGAAGGAGAGUUUCUUUAUUUCUCUAAACGCUGUGGUAUAUAUGAAUUUAUUUUCAAUAAAAACUUUUCAAUUUAA